AUGGAGUCACAGCAAAGUUUUGAUGUUACUGCUAUUUAUUGUCCUCAAAUGAAGGCUGAUCUGAUUCCUGUAAAGAACCAAGAAUUUCAUACACUAGAAGACGUUGAGACGUUUUACAAAAGCUAUGCAAAAGAAUCAGGGUUUGGUGUCAAAAGUUAUACUAGCAAGAAGAAGAAUGGUGUGAUUGUAAGAAAGGAGUAUGUGUGCUCUAAAGAAGGAACAUCCAAGGUAACAGGAAAGAAAAGAAAUCGGAAUCAAACAAGAGAAAAGUGCAAGGCAAGAAUAGUAGUUGUAAAACGUGCUACGAUUAGCAAAUAUGUUGUCACUAUUUUUGUUGAGGGUCACAGCCAUCCUUUAACUACCCCACGAAGAAAACAUUUGACAAAGAUCCAUCGUGAGGUUUCAUCGGUUCAUAAAUCAUUAACGAAGCAACUGACUGCAGUCAAUGUGCCAACAUGUACACAAUUUGACUUUCUUGGAGUACAUUCAGGAGGACUAGAAAACAUUGGGUGCUUGCAACAAGAUAUUUAUAACUACAAAAGGGAUUGUCGCAAAGAGGUGAAGGGGCAUGAUGGAGAUAUGUUGCAUGAGUACUUCCUGCUGGAGAAAGAAAAAGAUCCUUCAUUCAUUUUCAAAAUAGAGGCUGACAACGAAAACAGGAUCACAAAUAUCUUUUGGGCUGAUGCAAUUUCUAGACGAUCUUACAAGUUUUAUGGUGAUGUUGUAAUAUUUGACACAACUUACAACACCAAUACGUAUUUGUUGAUCUUUGCACCUUUGGUGGGAGUAAAUAAUCAUGGGCAGACAAUAAUUUUGGCUUGUGCAUUCUUAAGCAACGAGACAACUGAUUCUUUUGUAUGGUUCUUUAAAGAAUUUUUGGAUACAAUGCCAGGUGAUGCACCGAGGAUGAUCAUUACUGAUCAAGAUCCAGCAAUGACGAAAGCUAUCUCUGAAGUAUUCCCAUAG